ACCAGAUCCUUAACCCACUGAGCGAAGCCGGGGAUCAAACCCUCGCCCUCCCGGAUGCUAGUCGUGUUUGUUAACCACUGAGCCAUGACGGGACCUCCACCAACCAGAGCCCUUUCUACCGUUCGCCUGCUGAGACCCGUGCUGAGAUUCCGAGCUGUGGUUCCCCUGUGCUUAAACCCAGCUGUCCAGUGACACAGGCGGUGGCGGCGGCUGACCAGAGGCGACGACAGCCCCAAAUGCUGUGGUCUCUUGACUCUCCCACGCGGCGGGGCCUAGAGGGGGAGAAGCCCCAACCAGAUGUGUCCGGGGCUGGCUGGGCGCUGGGUGACAGGUGCCCAGCUCCGCUGGCGAUGCAUGCUCCUGUCCAAGGCCCCCCCCCGCCCCCAGGCAUAAACCAACACCUCAGCCCUCAUUAUCUCAAAGCACACAGAGAAACCUCACACAAGCUCUAAUGUCCCGCUAAUGGGAGGGAGGCUGCAGCCCUUGUGUGCCUGAUGGCAGGAGUAAUUUACUGUAGGCCACUUGAGAGCUGACAUAUUGGAGCUAUUGAUUUUCCCUGGGAAGAUCAAUAUGGGGUGCAGGGGACAGCCAGGUCCUCCACCUCGGGCAGGACAGAGCCUUCCUCCUGGGGGCCAAGGCCUGAGAGCAGGGGUAGGGGUGGAGCAGGUGCUCCAGGGUGGGCACAGAGCUCUGAAGGCCCUAUGUGGCCCACAACGGGAGCAGAUGCUGGGAAUAUGCUCAGGCCCCGAGACUGACAUUCCAGGUGGCACAGCUCCCAGCCCCACCCGGGGGCCCCCCACGGGUGCAGGGAGCUUGGGACACCCAUGUCAGCGGCUUGGCCCUGGCUGGCCACCCAACACCAGCUGGACAUGUGCAGGCAGUGAUUCUGGAAACAUGCAUCUCAGCACUGACCCAGGGCCUGCCAGGCUGCCAUACCCCAAGCCGGCCUCACCAGGAACAAAACCUGGAGUUCAGCCUCCCUGGUCUGGCUCAAGUGUGGCUCUGACUCAGGAGACACCUCUACCAAGCCCCCAGACCCGCCUCUCCAGUCCCUCUCAUGCUUGUCGCCUGCCCUCACCUCCUCACCUGUGCCUUGUUGGGCCCCAUCGUUGACUGCUGGGACUGGUGCCGUAGCAGCAGUCUCCCACCACAGGUCUCCUUUGUCAUCUCCCCAGACACCUGUCUGCUCUGGCUUCUCCGCUGUACGAGAACCCUGUCCAGGACCGAGGCUUCCUCCUUGCCUCUGGUCAGGCCGAGAAGCUCUCCAGGAUUAUGCCAGCAGAGAAGGUCAAGGGUCCGGCUGCCUGGGCGGUCUCCCCGCAGCUGGCACUAAUGGACAGCUCGCUGGGCCCCUUGGACCUUAAGCUCCUGCCAUGGCCCCUGUUCCCCUGACUGGGGCUUGAGGCGGAGGCUGGGUUGGAAAAGUGGGAUUGGGGGUGAUAACCACGCCAGGCCCUCCUCCCCAUCAAAGCCCCACCCUCACCCCGAGACUCCACCCCAGCGAUGCCGGGAAGAGCUGAGCCCCGGGCCUACUUGGCUCCCUAUGGCCAGAAGGAGGGUCGGUGCUCUGGGCCAGGCCUGGAGGUCCUGCCGGCCACCCACUCCACCUUCCAGCUGAUGCUUCCUGGUAUUCCAUCACCGCUGACACAGUGAGCACGCGCCCAGUGGCUUAAAACAACACCGAUUCAUCCUGCAGCCCUGGCGUUCCGAGGCCCCAGGCGGUCUCCUGGCCUGAAACCAAGGUGUGUGCAGGGCUGGGCUCUGGAGGCUCCAGGGCAGAGCACCCUUGUUUUCCGAUUCUGGUGGCUGCUCUAGGUCCGGCCUGCGGCCCCUUCCAGCCCUUCCGUGAGCAGCUGCUGCUGGCGCCGCGUCCCCUCCCCGCCGGACCAACUGCUUCCCUCUGAGACACCGUAGACAGGUAGUCUAGGACCACGACGCACCUCAGGGUCCCUCCCCGUCACCCGCGCUGGCCCCUGUGCCAGGUGAGGUGACAUCAAGCGAUUCUCACUCCCUCGAUCCCAGGGUGCCAGCUCCUUGCGACCUGGGUCCUUUCAGGCUGUCCUCUCUGCUGGAACAGCUUUGCUUCCUGCAGCUCAGCCGGGCAACACCUGCCGUGUCGUGUGCUCCAGGAAGCCCUCCUCCGGCCACGCCAGCUGGGACCGUCCAGCCAGGGGCCCGGCACGGGGGACGGCUGGAGACCCAGCCAUGCGCCCUCCCAGGCCUCGGCCUCUGGCAAGGCGGAGUUGACCAUGGCCCGGCCUGUCUCCAGCCCCUUCCCCGGCCCCAGCCCCGGCAGCAGGCAGGGCAGCGGCUGAGGUCCAGCUCUGGGUACUGGGGUGGGGGGGGAAACGCAGGUGGGUACUCCCAGGCCCGCAGGGGGCAAGGUUGAAUCUGGACAGAGAGGGGUUCUGAGGUCCCAGCUGGUGGCGGGGGGCAGCUGGGACCCCAACUCCGGCCUCCCUCGGUCUGGGCUGACGGCUGAGCUGUGCUGGGUCGGUGCAGAGCUGUGGCCAGGCCUGACGUCAGGCUCCGGGGGAAGGACUGGGCUCACGGGACGGAGGCCGGACAGACACCCCUCCCCUGGGAAGGGGCUGUAGUGGUGCCGUAACCAUAGGCGGGGAGGCCUGGCGUGUCACACACUCUGCCCCUGGCCACCGCUCUCCUGGGUCCUGCCUCAGGCACACAGCCUGGUGGUGAGACAUCAGCAGCUCAGGGCAGGUUCCCAGCCUGGCCUGGGGCAGCUUCCGUUUGGGGGGGCAGAACUUUUCAUUUCUUGCCCCUCCCCCAAAGCCAGGGGUCCUGGUGCAGCCGUUGGGCCCUCCACAUGCCCAAGAAGCGACUGGCCGUGCUCAGCGGGGGCAGAGCCACCCUGCAGGCCCAGGGGCUGGAAAGACUGGGUCUGCCCACACCCCCUGGGGAACGGGGUGCUGCCAUACCCCCAAAGUGGGUGCUGGAGCCUGAAGCUGAGGGGGAAGCACCCAGGGUGUGUGUGUGGGGGUGUGUGUGGGUGCGUGGGGCCUCUGCGACCUUUUUGGAGCCUCCACAGCUGGAAGGGCGAUCCAGAACCCAGAGGGACCGCGGGGCCCCGGGGCCCGCAACACACAAAGCUGUCCUGUCCUCAGAUCCUGGCCCACAGCCCUGGUGGCCCUGGGGGGUCCCCCCAGCCUGCACCAGGGGCUGCUCCCUGGGAGCCGCACCCGCAAGGGCCAUGUCUGGUGGACAACGAGGCCAAACGGUGUCCGCCAAACUCGCAUCCACAGAGCAGAGCCUCACGUGGAAGCAGAGCCACUUCUUCCUAACAGGUGUGACCAAGUUAAGAUGAGGCUGGACUGGACUGGGGAGGGGAGGGCCCUCCAGCAAGGACAGGUGUCCUGGGAAGACGGAAACAUGAACACAGGAACAACCACGUGGGAUGACAGGGGCAGAGGCUGGAGGGGCGCACCUGCACGUCCAGGUGCCAAGGACUGUGGGCGACCCCGGACGCCGGGAGAGAGGCCCAGGGGUGGGUUUCCCGCUAGAGCCUCCGGCAUGAGCCAACCCCGAGGGCCCCUUGGCUUGGGCUGCAGGCCUCCAGACCAGAGAGAGGGUCCCUCCCUGUCACCAGCCAGCGGGGUGUGGCGACUGGCAGAGGGGCUGGGCGAGGACGCACCCAGGCAGGAUCCACGGGGCCGAGGGGCUGCGAAGCCCCUCCGAGGAAGGCACAGGAGCCAAAACAAGGAGCCAGAGAAGGGGGAUGUGGCUCAGCCUGGGGAUGGGGACGCAGCCCAGGAGCAGGUGGGGCAGCAGAGCUCCGGCUGGAUGUGUUGCAAAGGCACCUACAGCUUGGGACGGGGGAGGGGGGCAGGAGGGGCCCACCUGCCCAAGCGCCCCACCUGGCAGGCACGGGCCUCGGCCUUCGCAGGCCCUGCGGCUUGCCCGGAGCCGGUCGCCCUGGGCGCUGCCCAAGCAGGGGGUGCUCUAGAGAAGGCUACUCCAGAAGUCAAAAUAGCAUGAAAUUUAAUUUUCCGCCCAUUUGACAAAGCUUGGUCCGGGCCCCCAUCAGCGACGCAGAUAAGGGCCCUCGGCCCCGGCUGUGAGGCAGCUGGGCGAGCGGCAAACACUCCACGGUCCCCGGGCAGGCCGAGGCUCCCCCCGCGGGGCCCUGGUUGCCGGGCGCUAAAGCAAACGGGCUCUAUUUGCCCAGUCUGCGAUGACAAUGCAGUCACCAAAUAUUUGCCAGCCCGGCCAGCCUCGGCGUUGGGCUAUAAAUGCUUGAGCCCAGGUGGAGGCGGGCCCGCCCAGCGGGAGCUGCAGCCUUGGCAGCCGUGCCUGUCGCCCCAGAGGCCCCGACCACUCGGGACUUGGAGGAGAUGGCCGCGGGCGUGAUCCGGCCUCUCUCUGACUUCCGGCUGCCUCUGGCAUCCCACGGGCCCUUCCUGCCUUCAGACCCCGUGCCUCCAGACACGUCGGAGGAGGAGGACGACGAGGGGGAGGAGGAGGAGGACGACGAGGGGGAGGAGGAGGAGGACGAGGAGCUGGAGGCCGAGGGGCCAGAGGGCCACAGCCCGGCCUCCCGGAGCUCAGGAUGGGCCACAGCCGCCCCAGAAGCGGCCCCACUGGACCCCAGCAGCACGGAGAUGCCGCUGCAGCUGCUGCGGUUCUCCGAGCUCAUCAGUGGCGAUAUCCAGCGGUACUUCGGCCGCAAGGGCCGGGGGCAGGACCCAGAUGGCUGUGACAUCUACGCGGACGGCCACCUGGCCAGCAGCUCAGCCAGGGAGCUCUCCUGCGCAGACCCAGUGCACGCGGCCCAGGGCGAGCCCCCAGACCACGAUGAGGCCACUGAGCCUGGGGUCUGCUCGCCUGGGGGCCCCGAGGGGCAGGUGUGCAGGCUGGGCCUCGGUGGGAGCAGGGCACAGCCGCUGGGGCCCCUGGCGGAGCUCUUCGACUACGGGCUGCGGCAGUACUCGGGGCCCCGGGCGGUGGCGGGCCGCCGACUAACCCUGGAGCGGAAGUACGGCCACAUCACCCCCAUGACCCAGAGGAAGCUGCCCCCCUCCUUCUGGAAGGAGCCGGUGCCCAGCCCCCUGGGCCUGCUGCACCCUGGCACACCCGACUUCAGCGACCUGCUGGCCAGCUGGUCGGCAGAGGCCGGCCCCGAGCUGCCGGGCGGGGGGACCCAGGCCCUGGAUGGGGUGCAGCUGGCUGAGGCCUAGCGGCCCAGCGAGGGUCAGGGGGGUGAACAGAGGGUGACCGGACUCUCAAGUGCUGUCCUGAAAGGUGGCCACCAGGGGACCAACCAGCUCAGGUGGGACCUCUAGGAUCAGGGGUUGGGUGGGGUCCGGUAGGG